AUGUUCCUCCCUACUCGGCAACGUGGUGCCAAAGCCGCCCUAUAUCCAGUCAUCCUAGGCGUUUCUGCUCAGCCCUCGAAGGCCCUCCCGCCUGCUGGUUUCUUGAUUCUUUUCAUCCGUAGCAUCACGGUGAAUGCCCGAUAUCGACAAGGCCAUGUGGACCUUGAACAGCAGCUCGUUCGCAAGACACUACGAACCUCGGUCUUGGGCGCGGCCAACAAUGCGACAACUAUCCUCCAUGUUCACCUGGAGCGAGCAGGGGGUGUAGAACCGAGAGAAGACUCGUAA